AUGUCGCUCAAGGUUCCGCGCGCGGGCGGGCCCAACCUGUUCAAGGAGGGCUACAAGCACUUCCAGGGCAUCGAGGAGGCGGUCUUGCGCAACAUCCAGGCGGUCAACGAGCUCUCGGAGAUCGUGCGCACCUCGUUCGGUCCCAAUGGCCGCAACAAGAUGGUCAUCAACCACCUCGAGAGGCUCUUUGUCACUUCGGAUGCCGCCACCAUCAUUCGCGAGCUCGACGUGGUCCACCCGGCCGCAAAGCUGCUCGUCAUGGCCAGCCAGCAGCAGGAGGCCGAGAUGGGCGACGCCACCAACCUCGUGCUCAUCUUUGCCGGCGAGCUGCUCAAGAAGGCAGAGUACCUCAUCACCAUGGGUCUCCAUCCGUCCGAGAUCUUGCAGGGCUACGAGAUCGCGCGCGACAAGUGUCUCGCCGAACUCGAGCAGCUUUCCGUCGCCACGCUUUCCACGCCUCCCACGCCCCAGAGCCUUGCACUCGCGCUCAAGCCGUGUCUGGCGUCCAAGCAGUACGGCCACGAGGACCUGCUUGCACCGCUCGUCGCAGAGGCCGUCUCGAUGGUCCUGCCGCAAAACGCCAAGAACGGUCUGGCCGAUUUCAGCGUGGACAACGUGCGUGUCGUCAAGAUCAUGGGCGGCAGCCUGUCGCAGUCCAAGGUGGUGCGCGGCAUGGUCUUCGGCCGCGAGCCCGAGGGCGUGAUCAAGAAGGCCAAGGCGGCCAAGGUGGGCGUCUACACGUGCGGCAUGGACAUCACCCAGACCGAGACCAAGGGCACCGUGCUGCUCAACAACGCCGACGAGCUCUCGAGCUUUUCGCGCGGCGAGGAGCAGCAGCUGGAAAAGUACUUUAAGGAGAUCGCCGAUUCGGGCGUCACCGUGGUGGUCACACAGUCGCAGGUGGGCGAGCUGGCACAGCACUACCUCAACCGCUUUGGCAUCCUCGUCAUCAAGAUCCUCUCCAAAUUCGAGCUGCGUCGUCUCUGUCGUCUGUUGGGCGCCACACCUUUGGCACGAUUGGGAGCUCCUUUGCCCGAAGAAGCGGGAUGGAUCGAUUCGAUCGAGACCACCGAGAUCGGUGGCGAUCGCGUCACCGUGUUCAAGCAGGAGGACGGACAGCCGGGCGGUAAAGCCAAGCCCAAGAUGUGCACCAUUGUCCUGCGCGGUGCCACCUCGAACCUUCUCGACGAUGUCGAGCGUGCGAUCGACGACGGCGUGAAUGUGAUCAAGUCGCUCACGCGCGAUCCACGCCUCGUACCCGGUGCAGGAGCCACCGAGCUCGAGCUCGCCAAGCGCAUUGUUGAUCUGGGCGAAAAGACGCCCGGCCUGAACCAGCACUCGAUCAAAAAGUUCGGCGAGGCACUCGAGGUGAUCCCAAGAACGCUCGCCGAGAACGCAGGUCUGGACGCAACAGAAAUCGUCUCGCGCCUCUACGCCAAGCACGUCGACUCCACUGGCGCCGACGUCGGCGUCGACAUCGAAAACGAGACCGACGGCACCAUGCCCACCACCGCCAACCAGGUCUUGGACGUCCUCGCCGCAAAGUCCUGGGCCCUACGAUACGCCACGGGCGCUGCCAUCUCGGUGCUCUCGGUCGACUCGAUCAUCAUGUCCAAACCCGCAGGCAUCAAGGCUCCCAAAGCAAACCCAAACUGGGACGACGACUAG